ACUCUGUUCAACAUGUCAGCCGGUCGACGUCGUACGGGAUUGGGAGACGAUGACGAUACGCUCAAGUUCGAAACAAGCGACGAAGUUUACGUCAUUCCGACGUUCGACGCGAUGGGACUGCGCGAAGAACUCCUGCGAGGGAUCUACGCAUAUGGCUUCGAACGACCAUCAGCCAUCCAACAACGAGCACUAAAAUCAAUAAUUCAAGGAAGAGACGUGAUCGCACAGGCACAGUCUGGAACUGGCAAGACGGCGACGUUUUCUAUCGCCAUGCUGCAGGCUGUUGACAUGCAACUGAGGGAAACACAAGCGCUCGUAUUGUCGCCCACAAGAGAGCUGGCGACUCAAAUACAAAAGGUUGUGUUGGCUCUGGGUGAUUACAUGAGUGUUCAGUGUCACUCCUGCAUUGGUGGUACGAAUGUUGGUGAGGACAUCAGAAAGUUGGAUUACGGACAGCACAUCGUGUCGGGAACUCCAGGAAGAGUGUUCGACAUGAUAAAACGACGGAAUCUUCGAACUCGCUCCAUCAAGGUCUUAGUCAUUGACGAAGCAGAUGAAAUGCUUGACAAAGGUUUCAAAGAACAAAUCUAUGACGUCUACAGAUACUUGCCUCCAGGGACACAGGUAGUUUUGGUUAGUGCUACAUUGCCGAAAGAUGUCUUGACUAUGACGUCGAAGUUUAUGACUGAUCCUAUUAGAAUUCUUGUCAAACGUGAUGAGUUGACAUUGGAGGGAAUCAAACAGUUUUUUGUGGCUGUGGAACGUGAAGAGUGGAAGUUUGACACUCUAUGUGAUCUAUAUGACACACUGACCAUCACACAGGCUGUCAUCUUUUGUAAUACAAAGAGAAAGGUCGACUGGUUGACAGAGAAAAUGCGCGAGGCAAAUUUCACUGUAUCCGCAAUGCACGGCGACAUGCCACAGAAAGAGAGAGAUGCCAUUAUGAAGGAAUUUCGCUCAGGAGCGAGUCGUGUAUUGAUAUCAACUGAUGUUUGGGCUCGUGGUUUGGACGUGCAACAAGUAUCACUUGUUAUCAACUACGACCUGCCAAACAAUCGUGAGCUCUACAUUCACAGGAUUGGUCGUAGUGGUCGAUAUGGUCGGAAGGGAGUUGCUAUCAAUUUUGUGAAGAGCGACGACAUUCGUAUUCUUAGAGACAUUGAACAGUACUACAGCACACAGAUUGACGAGAUGCCCAUGAACGUUGCUGAUCUCAUUUGAAAGAACCUAAAGCCUCGUCAACACUGACUGACACACGUUUUAGUAUACAUGUUCUGUUGUUAACGUUUCAUGCUCGUAAUGUACGCAUCUGUCUAUGAAUAUCAAUGUGUGUGUGCUCCUA